UGGCAGUCGAAUCAAUCGAAUCAGAUUCAGAAAGCGAUUCACAAACCACUCCGAUCAUUCCAUCACAUCGAACACCUUCUACUGCCAUCUCAACUUCAACCAAAAAGGGACGCGCCAAACAACGUGCUCGUGAUCGAGCUCGUAAAUCGGCUGGUACCUCGACUUUAUCUGAUCCAACUGAUCUUUCAACUUCUCUGGUCACUCCAAUCAAUGGUACAACACUUCGAUCAGGUAGAACUAUCCUUACCCCAACGACUUCUAAAAUCUCAUCUCUUCCUACAAAACCAACCGAAUCACUUCAUGAAGAUCCAAAAUCAGAACCAGUCGAACCACUUCGAGUACCAUCACCUUCACCUCCAUUCCCACCACCUGAAAUUCAAAGCCCUACGAGCUCUAGCUCAGUGAGUAUGGUCAAUAGUUUAUCUAGUUCUCCAAGUAGUACCGAUCUAGAUGAUGAAGAAGAUGAUUACGAAGAAAGUGCGCCUUCAAGAGCAGGAGAAGGUCCAGAAGAUUUGAAAGCACAUCAAUCAGAACGAGAUUCGACUCUGGUGAUUGAUCCAGCUGAAAAAUGGAAUGAGGUCUAUAAUCCAAACUCGGAAGAGACUGCUAAAACUCCUACGAUGGCAAUGCCCAGUACGAUGGAACCUGAACAAGAUCUCACUCAUCAACGUCAAAAAACGUCCGAUUCAUCUCCCUUGGCCACACCAACAGGUGUAGCAAAUGACGCACAAUAUGGAGCUGACCAUAAUCCUACAAAGAAAUGGCAAGCAGUCUUGACUCGAGUGAUAUGGAGUUUAGUCAUGGUAGGAGUCUUUGUAGGCGAGUACCAAUCAAUUAAAAAACAUUCCUACUUUGGUUUUUUGAGAAUGGUUAAUAUAACACUGAUACGUGAAAAUCUUCAUGAAACUUCAUAG